AUUGUUGUGACGGGUGGUUUGUUUUGAUUUCAGUGCUCCCCCAUCGUACACAGAAAACCGGUAUCAAAUCCAUUUCAGUUAAUUUGUUGUAAAUUUUGCACCAGUGGACCAUCUUUCCCUCCCACCAAAGCACACAACGAUGCCCAUCACAACCUCUUUACUUCAUUUAGCGCGUGGCAUGUACAAUCGGUGCUACAGGUUAAUUAUACCGCGAAAUAUACACAGCACCGUGCAGCUACUUCACGGCGAAUAUGAAUGGCAGGAUCCAAAGAGUGAAGAUGAAGUUGUAAACAUUACGUACAUCGAUAAGGAUGGCAAGGAGACGACGGUUCGGGGAAAGGUGGGCGAUAACGUACUGUACCUGGCCCAUCGGUUCGGUGUCGAGAUGGAGGGCGCCUGCGAGGCCUCGCUUGCCUGCACCACCUGUCACGUGUACGUGCAGGACGAGUAUCUCGAUCGUCUGGCCGAGCCGGAGGAGAAGGAGGACGAUCUGCUCGAUAUGGCACCGUUUCUACGCGAAAACUCCCGUCUCGGCUGCCAGAUAGUGCUGCAGAAGGACCUGGAAGGGAUGCGGUUGCAGCUUCCGCAAGCGACACGAAACUUUUACGUAGACGGACACAAACCAAAGCCGCACUAGUUUCCGUUUGUGGGUGGGUUUUCAUUUUUGGGCGCUAGUUUUAGUGUGGUUUUCGUUUGAUUAUAAAUAUUUUUGUUUGCAGUUAAAGAUUAGGACGCUUUCGCUAGUGUGGGAUUGUUAAUUGAGAACGAUUGUUCCACCGCGAUACGGAAAGGCAAUGCGCGGUUACAUUCAGGCAUUGCAGUGGUAGAAAUGAAGAAAAAGGAAGGAGUUACAUUUAUUGAACGUGUAAUAAAAGAAGCGACGAACAAAUGUUA